AUGAGCUUCAGCUACAGGGUUAGAAUAAGCACAGUUGCUAACAUCGACGAAGACAUCUGUGACGCAUUGUGGCAACGCUUGCAGCCAAAGUUCAUGCCAACACCAGAUGAAGCUAUGUGGCGUAAUAAUGAGCGGGGAUUUAAAGACAAAUGGAAUUUCCCUCACUGCAAUGGCGCCAUUGACGGGAAACAUGUUGCAGCCCAGAGACCCCCUCACUCUGGUUCUAGGUUUUACAAUUACAAACAGUAUCAUUCAGUUGUACUACUUGGACUAAUUGAUGCAGAUUAUAUGUUUAUAGCAAUAGAUUCUGGUUCAUAUGGUAAAGAGUGUGUUGGAAGUAUCUUCACAGAAAGCGCCCUUGGACAAAGGAUCUGCAGUUACAGUACUGCAGUACCUCCUGAUGAGCCUAUUGUUGAAGAAGGAAGCAAUCUCUCAUAUGUAAUUGUGGGAGAUGAGGGAUUUCCUCUUAAACGAUUUUUACUGCACUCUUUUCCACGUGACAAAAGAAUGACAACUGAAAAACGUGUGUAUAAUUACAGGGUAGGAGGGUAG